AUGUCUUCCCCAGCCCAGUCGAUCUCUCCCCUAGCACCGCUUGGCGUCACUGCAGCUCUUGAAGCAGCCAAAGACCCCAAUUUCAAGCCCAAACCCAAGAUUUUCGAUGAGUUCGCACUGAGCAAUCGCGUUGGCAUCGUCUCUGGAGGGAACAGGGGCCUUGGCCUCGAAAUGGCGCUCGCAUUAUGUGAGGCGGGUGCCCGAGCGGUCUAUUGCUUCGACCUGCCGGCGUCUCCUUCGGAUGAAUGGAUGAAGACUCGCGACUACGUGCAGAAUCUUGGAAAUGGAUCGAAACUGGAAUAUGUCAGCAUCGACGUGCGUGACCAGAAGGCGGUGUGGGACAAGGGAAAGGAAAUCGGGGACAAAGAGCAGAGGAUGGACUUCUGCAUUGCAGCUGCUGGGAUAUUGAAGUCGCAUACUGAUUGCUUGACAUACCCGUCAGAACAGUUCAAAGAGGUGUUGGAUGUAAACACCAACGGUGUCCUGUACACUGCCCAGGCCGCAGGGCAGCAAAUGCGAAGGUUCGGUGAUGGAGGUAGCAUCAUCCUAAUUGCGUCCAUGUCUGGAAGCAUCACAAACAAAGACCAUGCCUGGGUCUCCUACAAUACGAGCAAAUCUGCCGUGCUGCAGUUGGCAAGGAGUAUGGCAUGCGAAUUAGGCAAGGAGAACAUUCGAGUCAAUUCAUUGUCACCUGGGCACAUUUACACCUCGAUGACAGCGGCGUAUCUUGACACCCAACCACACCUUCUGGACAAGUGGUCUAGCCUGAACCCGAUGGGACGUAUUGGUCGUCCAGACGAGAUGCGUGGUGUCGUUGUAUGGUUAGCCAGCGACGCGUCCAGCUUCUGCACAGGUAGCGAGUAA